AAAUUUAUUAACAUACGUUAAAUUUUUAUAUCUACGACUAUACAAUAUCUUUUAUUUAUUUUGAAACUCUCAACAAUAUAUUGUUUAAUAAAAUUUAUAUACAAAAAAUAUAAUGGUAUAUAAUAUGGAUAAUUUGAAAAGUUCCCUAUUUGUGAUUUGAAAUUUGAAAAAUAUACCUUAUUUUUUCUGAAAAUUAUACUUUCCUAUAUAUGAAAAGACAUUUUACCCUAAUUUAAUAUAAAACUAAAAACUAAAUUUGAAAUUAAUUAUGUUUUUAAAUAAUCAUAUAUUUGAAAUAAACACAUGUCACUGAUUUAAGAUAACAAAUUGAUAAUUUCUGAAAGAAUUUAAAAUCUACAUAACAGAAUACACAAGUACGUUGUAAGCAAAAAUUAUAGUCAUCAUAAUACACAUAACCUUUCUAGCAUUAUAUAUUAGUUCAAUAAUUUAUAAUUUAAUUUUUAUUGUCGUACCUAAGUUUAAUUUGUAAAACAAAAAAAAAAAGUCAAGACUCCAAAGAAGUUAAUAAGAUUUUUAUAUAAUCAUUUUUAGAUAGAAUUUUUCCACUAUGUUCUUGUGGCGUUUCAUGAAGACUGUUUGUUUAUGUUGUUUUUUCUGAAAUACGAUACCAACAGUUAUUGAGUGCUAGUUUUUAUAGAUAUUAGUUUAAUAAAUGUUUUCCAAUAUAUUUACGUAGAUCACACUAUAAAUACAUGAACAAACUGAUAUCAUAUUUGGAAAUUGGAAAUUGUAUUGUUAUGAUGAAUCAUUCGUACGAAGAAUGUUUCCGUACUUUCUAAAUGUUGUAAGAAAAUGUUAUGCUCCAUAUUCAGGUCGUUUCUCAGUUCAACCUUAAAUGUAAGUGUGUGGACUCGGUUAAGAAAACCUUUAAUUUAAUAUUUUUAUAAUAAAGCAAAACUAGUUUUAGUAAAAUAUGAUUUUCCCAUCAAUUUAUAAUCUAAAUGCAAUGAAACUGCUUGCAAAUCAAUCAUCAGAUAUAGAAUUUAAGAUAAUUGUAGUCUUUGACGUUGGACUUGGUCAGCAAAAACCUUUCUGUACGAUCUCGUAAUUUCAUAAAUUUUCAAAGAAUGUUAACUUUUUUGUUUGUUUUAAGAAUGUCAACUAUUAAUGCUCAUAAUCCUGUUUCUUUUGAAAAUUAGGAAUUUCCGUUACAUCCCUUAAACUCUAUUACCUAUAUAUCAUGUGCAUGCAGUUCGAUAUUAUAAUGUCAAAAUAGGUAUACCAUCCUGAUGUAUUUAGUUUUAUCCAAAUAAAACAAUUCUUAUAUUUUUUAAUAAACUAGAGUUCUACUCUUUAGUAGUUAAAAACAACUAACGAACAAAAUUUAUGAAAGAGCAAAUCUCUUAGAAAAUCUCCAGAAAUAUAUUUAUUUAAAGGUUUAGCAAAACUUGAAAUUUAAGGUUUGAUAGUGUUUCUAUCCAAGAUCAGAACUUUAUAUUAAACCUAAAAUAUUUUAAGUUUUACAUUUUAGUUCUUAAAACUGAUAAAAACUUAUUAAAAUAUAAUAUUUUAAAUAAUAUAUAUAUAUAUAUUCUACAAAACUAUAUUUUAUAAAACUAUUCAUAAAAUUAUUCAAUCUAAAGAUGAAAGAACCAUAAAAAGAAUCCAAUAACAAUAAACAGCUUUCGAUUAAGCCAAAAUUAUAUGGACAAUAUUUUGGAGAUUUGAAUGAUUUAAAUCAAAUUUUCAUAAAUUUAAGCACUUUAAUAUUUUAAAUUUAUAUAAAAUAAUUAAACUGUAAAAUUAUGAAAAUUUUAUAAGAUAUAAAAUUAUAAGAACUAAAACGGAUUUGAAAAGGUUGAUAAAAUUAUUUAGAAGAAAGUUAAGUGUAGAAAGUUAAAAAAUAAAUAUAUGAACUUCAAAGAAUAGGUUUUAAACUUUUUUUUUUUUACAACAAAAGGCUAAGAAAUUAAAAGGAUCCCUGAUCCGAGAGCCCCCUCGGGAGAACGAAAUCAACAUAAACCAUAGUAGAUAGCGAAGUCCUAGCACCUCGUGCCAGCUCGUCUGCCAGUGUAUUUUGCGCCCUUGGAAUAUGUUGGAUAGAAAAGUUGAGAAAGAAUUCCUUACAUCGUAGAAACUUUAAAACAUUAAACUUGAUGUUUCAGUGUUCAAAAUCUUGAAAUUUAAAGUUUUAAGGGUUUUGGAGCACACAAAACUUUAUAUUUUAGUUUAUAAAGUUUCUUUAGUGAUGCUCUUAGAUAGUACAAACACAUUUACAAAAGAGCAUAUUUAAAAAAAAAAUCAUUAAUAAUGUUUAAUUAAAAGAGAAAAUGACUAAAUUACUCCACAUUCUAAAAUCUUACUCUAACUCAGUCUUCAAUUAUAAACCUUAAAAUCUAAUUACUAAAUUUAAAAUUUAAUAUAAAAUAAAAUAAAAUUAACUUUUAAUUAGUGCUAUUUUGAGAUUAUUUUUCCCUUGUGUAUUAUUUUUGAUACUAUUAUAUGGUAUUUCUCUUUAUUAAAAUGUAAACCGGAUUAUAUUUUGAGUUUCAGGUUAAAAUCUUCAAAUUACAAAAGAAAAUGUACAAUCAACUUAUAGUAAUAGUUUGUAUUUACACUUAUAUGUCAUAAUUUAGAUUCAAGUCCAAUAAGAUACAUGUGUGCAGUGUGAAUAUAUAUAUAUGUGAGAUCAGAUUCGUACUUGCUAAAUAUACAACAACAAACAACAGAAAAAUAAAGUGUGAUACAAGAACUUGUAGGUGUUACAAAAAUAUAAAACAAGUAUCUAACAAUUCUAAUUAAUACUGAAAAGAACCUUAACUACGUCAACAAAGACAUAGUUUGAAAGGGUACAUUGAAAGGUACAUUUACUUAUAUAUGCACUUUAUAAUAAUUAUUUACUAAACCACUGGAAUUAUAGAAUUAAUUAACUUGGUUAAACUAAAAUAAAUCAGAAUUUGAAUUAGUCAGCAUUUGACCUUCACCAAUCAUAACCAUUAUAUACACACACACUCUGGAACUACUGUACAUACUUGUUGACGAAGACCAAUGACUAUUCCAAGCUUUGAAUUGGUCAAAUGUUCAAACACAUUCUUCACUCAAUUCAGAUCUAAAGCCUUUAAAUUUCAAAAGAAAACGAUCUUCAUCUAACCACAACCCCAAAAGCUUACCUUUUUCUCCUCCUCAAUCCUAUAAAUUCUUAAUCUAAACCUUACCAUAAGAAGCUAAAAGAUAACCGUGUUUUAUAAACAUUACAUUUCCUCCCCUUCUGUGUCAAGAAAUCCUAUAUAAGGUACUGCUAUUAACUAUUUUUUCCGGUGAUCGCUUCACCGGUAAGUAUCCGGCAAGGGCUUCUUUGAUCGGAAACAUUGGCACCGACCAAAUUACACUUUUGGUGAGAUAAUAUGGAUAUGUCGAACUGGGAGCAGAAGAAUUUGCUAAGUGAGCUGGUUCAUGGGCUGAAGGCGGCAAAGCAUCUCCAAGCUGAGCUCGGAACAGCUUCUUCUCCGCCACCACCAUGGUUGUCUUCUUCUUCCUUAUGUUUGACGACGGAGAUGAGAGAAACCCUCCUACAUCAGAUCGUUUCUUCCUACGAGAAAGCUAUUUUGAUGCUAAACGGUUCCAACGUAGUACACAGUCAGACGGCGGAGAUGGUAAAUCUUGCGGCGAAUCCUGUAGCUAACAACGGUAAAGUUCCAGAAUCUCCGACUUCGAUUAACGGAAGUCCGAGAAGUGAAGAGUUUAUUGAUGUUGGAGGAUCGAAAGAUUACAACUUGAGCUCUAAAAAGAGGAAGAUGUUGCCAAAGUGGACAGAGCAAGUGAGAAUUAGCCCAGAGAGAGGCUUAGAAGGACCUCAUGAGGAUGUCUUCAGCUGGAGAAAAUAUGGCCAGAAGGACAUUUUAGGCGCCAAGUAUCCAAGGAGUUAUUACAGAUGUACAUUUCGUAACACACAGAAUUGUUGGGCCACGAAACAGGUCCAGAGAUCGGACGAUGAUCCUACGAUCUUCGAUUUGACAUACAAAGGAAAACACACUUGCUCACAGGGAAUCCCACCUCGGGAUAAGCCAGACACUACACCAAACACAACACUCAUAAAUUACCAAAAUGACCUUCUCGCCAAUCUCAGGACCAAUCUUUCUGUCCGUACUACCAACGGGAUCGAGAGCGACGGUUUCUCAUUCCCAGUUACGCCACCUUUUUACUCGUACGAGUCCGAUUUCGGCAACGGCGGUGGAACGUUCUGCGACAUGGGAAAUUAUUCUCGUCCGUCGGAUUUUACGGGAUUGAUCUCCACUAAUACCUCUACAGGAAGUUCUCCAAUUUUCGACGUGGAUUUUCAGUUUGAUCCAACGGCCGAGAUUAACACUGGUCUCCACACAUUUCUCCAUGAUUCGGUUUAACUUCAAUUAGGGAUUAAAAUAUUCUUUGAGAUUAUUAAUAUAGUUCAAAAUAAGGAUUAUUACUGUUUGACAAAAGUAAAACAUUUUCAACUAUUUUUAUUACACUAAUGUAUAUCUAAUUUUGUAUCAAAUUUUGGUUUAGUAAUUGAGUAAUUCGGUAACUAUUUGG